CAGCGGCUCCAGCGGGCCCGGGUUAUUGUGGCGGUUUGCGGGCGACGCCGGGGCCAUGAACGGCUCGGCGAACCCGCUGCUGGACAAGGAGGAGCAUCCGCUGCAGCUGGGCGAGAGCUUCGAGCGGCACCCCAAGGCCUCCUUCCACACCAUCCGCUAUGAUUUUAAGCCAGCAUCAAUAGACACCUCUUGUGAGGGAGAGCUGCAAGUCGGUAAAGGCGAUGAAGUUACAAUUACGUUACCACAUAUCCCAGGUUCUACUCCUCCAAUGACUGUGUUCAAAGGAAACAAAAGACCAUAUCAAAAGGACUGUGUAUUGAUCAUCAAUCAUGAUACUGGGGAAUAUGUGCUUGAAAAACUAAGCAGCAGCAUUCAAGUCAAAAAGACAAGAGCUGAAGGCAGUAGUAAAAUCCAGGCUCGUAUAGAACAGCAAUCUGCCCGAGGCUCACAGGCUACCACUCAGUUCAGAACUCCUCCAAAGCCAGUAGCUGGUCCCAAAACUUCCCCGCUGAAAGACAACCCUUCACCUGAGCCUCAGCUGGAUGACAUUAAAAGAGAGCUAAGAGCUGAAGUUGAAAUUAUUGAGCAGAUGAGCAGCAGUAGCGGCAGCAGCUCGUCAGAUUCAGAGAGCUCCUCUGGGAGUGAUGAUGAAACCUCUAGCAGUGAUGGCGAUGAGGCUGCGCACCCUUCCCCUUCGCAGCAGUACAAUAACAAAAAUCCUGUUGUCAACGGAACCAGUAGGUCACAAGGAAGCAAUCAGCUCAUAAACACUCUAAGAAAUGACUUGCAGUUGAGUGAAUCUGGGAGUGACAGUGAUGAUUAGAACAAGGUUUCUCCAUUGGUUUCCUGUUACAGAUGUCUAAAGAGGCAGAUAUUACUAAGCAGCAAGAAUGUUAAUGAAGAAACUGGCUCGAGACAUGGCUGUAUGAGUACAGCCUCAACGAACGUGACCUUUUAAAAAUGUUCCGAAAGAAUGGCUUAUACUCUAUUUUCAUGUGUAUAAAUUGUGUAUGUUGUGUAUAUUCUUUUAAAGUUUUAAAUAGAUAUGGAUAUAGUAUUCUAAUACAGUAAUCUGUGUUCUUACAUGCUGAUAUUUUGUAAAGCAUUAAGGAUUAUUAUCACAAUAUUCUGCAGUAUGAAGCUGGAUCUGCAGAAGUGAGGGCUGAGAUGAGAGAGUAGAAUAGAGUAUGUUAUUUUAGAAGGGAGUGUUGGCAGAAGGUGGGGUAUUGCAAUUUUUGAAUGCUUUUCCUGUGUUAAAAAAAAAACAAAAAUCCCCGCAAAUAUGAAAUAGCAUAGCAUGGAGAGGGAUGAGCUGGUUUUCUGUCCCUGAGGUUUUGGUUUUCUUACCGCAUGAAGGGUUUUUUAUGUAGAAUAUGUACAAAUGUUCUUCUCUCCCAAUAUGCUUUCUGAAGUAGUACAGUUUACAAUGUCAUCGCAAGAUUGUAGCACUCACUUUUUCUGCAAGUAUGAGCCAUGCCUGAUUUUAGGAGAGGUCCAUUGUCCUAACGAUUUAAGGGAAAAGAUGGUUGUUGUGGAUUAUCCAGGCUGUAUAGCCGUGGUCUUGGCAUUGUAGUUCCUGACGUUUCGCCAGUAGCUGUGACUGGCAUCUUCAGAGGUGUAGCACCAAAAGAGAUCUCUCAGUGUCAGAGAUCUCU